GAAAUAACAAAAAAAGAUGGCUCGUACGAAGCAAACCGCUCGUAAGUCCACUGGAGGAAUGGCCCCUAGGAAGCAACUCGCUACCAAGGCUGCUCGUAAGUCUGCUCCUACUACAGGUGGAGUCAAGAAGCCUCACAGAUACCGUCCCGGUACUGUUGCUCUUCGUGAAAUUCGUAAAUACCAGAAGAGUACUGAGCUCUUGAUCAGGAAGCUUCCCUUCCAGAGGCUUGUUCAUGAGAUUGCCCGAGACUUCAAGACUGAUCUACGUUUCCAAAGUCAUGUUGUGUUAGCUCUGAAAGAGGCAGCUGGGGCCUAUCUGGUUGGUCUGUUUGAGGACACCAAUCUUUGUGCCAUUCACGGCAAGCGCGUGACCAUUAUGCCCAAGGACAUUCAGCUGGCUAGGCGUAUCAGGGGAGAGCGUGCUUAAGUUGAUUAGC